AUGGCCUUCACGACCGAGAACAGGUCGCAAGCGACUGCUCAUACGGAUGAAGAGAUCGAUCUACAAGCCAUUGCAAGCCGCAUUAAGAACGGCCAGAUCACUCGAGUGGUGGUCUUGACUGGUGCUGGUAUCAGUACUGCUGCGGGCAUACCUGACUUCAGAUCGCCCAACACUGGUCUCUACGACAAACUCGCGCCUUUGAAUCUCCCCUAUCCAGAGGCAAUUUUCCACAUCAGCUACUUUUCCCACACUCCGGAGCCUUUCUAUGCAAUUGCGCAAGCUCGCCAUCCGGGAAAUCUCAAACCAACUAUUUCUCAUGCUUUCAUCGCACUUUUAGCGAAAAAGAAUGUGCUGCAUUUUGCUUUCACCCAGAAUAUUGAUGGUCUUGAGCAGGACAUGGGUGUUCCUGUAGACAAGAUCAUAUGGGCACAUGGCAACUGGAAGAGUCAGCAUUGUUGGAAAUGCAAGGCCGAAUACCCAGAGGAUUCGAUGAAAAAGGCGAUCCGUGAGGGUGAAGUGCCUUAUUGCCAGCAGCCCGAAUGUGGCGGUGCAGUCAAGCCGAAUGUUGUGUUCUUCGGGCAAUCUCUGCCUCUUGAAUUUGAUGAAAAGCAGAAGCUUGUGCCAGAGGCAGACCUUAUGCUUGUUAUGGGAACGAGUUUGAAGGUUGCUCCAUGCUCACAGUUACCACGACUUGUCAAAGAGGGGACUCCGCGGGUCUUGAUCAAUAUAGAGAGAUCCGGAGAUAUCGGUAGCAGAAAAGAGGAUGUCUGUGUGCUUGGCUCUUGUGAUGAUGGGGUACGUAAAUUUGCCGACAAGCUUGGCUGGAGGGAUGAAUUGGAGGCCCUUUGGAGUAGUGUGGUGGAGACAAAGAAAGAUGAUCGAGAGUUCGAAGGGGUCCCAAGUCUUGAUGAGUGUAUUGCCAAAGCGGCAAGGCAGAUGGACGAGCGCUUGAAGAUUUCGAACGGGCAUAAACGUAUGUUAGAGAGCCACCUGGGUAACAAGCUUGCACAGAUCAAGGCAAAGCCUACAAUGCAGCCCUGA